UUGGUCACACUAACACAAUGCUAAAUAUAAAUUUAAUAAACAUUGCGCACUUUCGUCUAAAAAUAUGAGAUGUGUUGUGCCCAGCUGCCGGAAUUCUUUCAUCGGCAGAUCCAAAAGGAAUCCAGGCGAGGAGCAGCAGAUCGGUUUCUUCCGGUUUCCCAAGUGCCCGGAAACAUUCAAAAAGUGGCUGGAAUUUUGUGGCUUUUCCGAGAACUCCUUAAAAUUGAAGAAUCCGUGCAUUUGCAUAACGCAUUUCAAAGACGAGGACAUUGAGGGAAGCUUAAAGUUUCAGAUGGGACUUGCCAAAAAACGAACUUUGCGGCCGGGUGCGGUUCCAUGUUUGAAUAAAAGUCAGGAAAGUCCUUCGGAAAGAGCCCGUAAUGAAAGGUCACAGCGGCGCAGAAAUCAGAAACUGGUUGCCGAACUCUUAGCGGAGGAUGAAGUCAAGUUGAGUUCUCCAGCAACGUCUGGUUUUUUGAGUUUAGACCAGGAUAAAGUUGAGUUUUCUGAUGCUUUGGCCAUCGAUCUCGAUCCACUUGUUGCUGAGGAUAAACUAGAAGAACUAGAGAAAUGCCGCAUCUGUUACAAGGACUUCAUGGUAGACUCCCGUGCGAAGGAUCUCUUUGAUGAAGCCAACAGUGUCUUGCUCUUCCACAUCGAAGUCAUUAGCGGCGUUUGGAUCAGCCACAAACCUGACCAACCUCACCUUAUGUGCCCUGCUUGUAUUUCAUCCCUGGAUCAGGCCAUCGAAUUUAGGGAGAUGUGCAUCAACACGGAGCUCAUAAUCAAUCAACCAAAGCCCUUAACUGUCAUUAAGCCAGAUACAGCCGAGUUCGAGACUCAAACUGGGGAGUCUGCUUCAUCAAUGCCCGAUUUGGUUUUUGAUUCGGAGUGCAAUAACAUAGAAGAGAUUGAAGACGUAGAAGACCCUGUCGAAGAUGAAGUUAUAACAGAUGACCAGUUAAAUCAAGACGCAGUCGUAGAAUCUGCGCAGCCAGACUCACAGGAUCCACUUAGUGUGGCCCUGGGGGCCAAGAUAUUUAAGGAACUAAUAGAUCAAUAUACGGGUAACGAGAAAAGUAAAAACAAAAAAGAAUCUCCAAUUGCCAGGAAGCCUAGAACCAGAAAAGCCGUUGCUCGUGAACCAAAACCAAAACGCAAAGCCAACCCGAAAUCCAAAGAAGAAAGGAACCUUAUUCGACGUGCCCAGCUGCGAGAAAAGCCGCCGAAUUAUGUGUGCGAUCAGUGCGGACAAGCCUUCCGCAUGUCCCACAACCUGCGGAUGCACAUGCUACGGCACAGUCGCACCAAAAAUUAUCAGUGCACUGAGUGUCCAAAAACCUUCUACGACGCCUACAUGCGCAACAUACACAUCCGCAUUCGUCACCGUGGAGAAACACCUUUUGCCUGUCGUUUCUGCAGCGAAACGUUUGCCUAUGCGGGAGCUCGGCAAAAGCACGAGAGUGAGGUCCACAAUGCUGCGCCACGACUUAUUGUAAAGCGAAUCAAUCCCAAGCCCAUGCCUAAACCCAGAGAAAAUGUGCGCUACCAGUGCAAGCUGUGCUACAAACAUUACGCCUCCAAGUAUGCACUUGGUUGGCACAUCAAGGCGCACACAGAUGCGAACGCGUACAAGUGCCAGCGAUGUAGCAAAAGCUAUUCUGAUCCUACCAAGCUCAAGCGUCACGAGAUGACCCACGAAAAAAGGCCGCUGCAAUGUGACGUUUGCUUGAAGGGAUUCUAUCAGCGCGCACGACUGCGGGAGCACGAACUUAUUCACACGGGCGAACGUCCUCAUUGGUGUGAAGUCUGCAAUAUUCACUUCCGCUACAAGUACAACAUGAGGACUCACGCGAACAGUAAGAUGCAUCAGGAAAACGUUCGCAAAUUGGAACAAAUUAUGGAUACUGAAUGAAAGGAGAUUUUGUUUUUUAA